UGCUCCGUCUUUACAGUACUUCUUCAUGACAGACGGGGAGGGGAAGCGGGGAACUGUAAGCUCCGGAUCCAUCUUAGCUAAAUAGCAAAUAGGAGAGAGAAACCACGGCCCAGUUUUAUCCAUCAAAAGCUGCAUUUUUCCGCGCGAUCCGUACUGGGGAGCCCGAGGAGGGGGCUGUGUCAUUGUCUGUAGGAUGUCCCGACAUGAAGGUGUGAGCUGUGAUGCGUGUUUAAAAGGGAACUUCAGAGGACGGCGGUACAAGUGUCUCAUCUGCUACGACUACGACCUGUGUGCCUCGUGCUACGAGAGCGGAGCCACCACCACCAGACACACCACAGAGCACCCCAUGCAGUGCAUACUAACAAGGGUAGACUUUGACCUUUAUUAUGGCGGCGAGGCGUUCUCAGUAGAGCAGCCCCAGUCUUUUACCUGUCCUUACUGUGGGAAGAUGGGCUACACAGAGACCUCCCUACAGGAGCACGUCACCUCAGAGCACGCAGAGACCUCUACAGAGGUGAUCUGUCCCAUAUGUGCUGCCUUGCCGGGAGGAGAUCCCAACCACGUGACAGACGACUUUGCUGCUCAUCUCACACUUGAACACAGAGCUCCCAGAGAUUUAGACGAGUCCAGCGGCGUCCGGCAUGUGCGCCGGAUGUUCCACCCCGGGCGGGGCCUGGGGGGGCCCCGGGCACGCAGGACCAACAUGCACUUUACCAGCAGCUCCACGGGGGGGCUGUCCUCCUCACAGAGCUCCUCCUACUCCCCCAGCAACAGAGAAGCCAUGGACCCCAUCGCUGAGUUAUUGUCUCAGCUGUCAGGCGUGCGUCGCUCGGCGGGGGGGCAGCUCAACUCUUCGGGCCCGUCUGCGUCGCAGCUGCAGCAGCUCCAGAUGCAGCUGCAGCUGGAGCGGCAGCAGGCCCAGGCGGCGCGCCAGCAGCUGGAGACGGCGCGCAACGCCACGCGGCGCAGUAACCCCGGCAACAUGAGCGCCUCCAUCCCCCCGCCGAGCGCCGCCUCGAACGCCGCCGCCGCCGCCGACAGCAACCCCUCCUCCUCCCACAGCUCCCAGUUCCUGCUCUCACGGUUGAAUGAGCCCAAGAUGUCGGAGUCAGAGCGCCAGGCCCUGGAGGGCGAGCGUGCAGACCGGAGCCUGUUUGUCCAGGAGCUCCUCCUCUCCACGCUGAUGCGGGAGGAGAGCUCCUCCUCCGACGAGGACGAGCGGCGAGAUUUCGCCAGCUUCAGAGCCAUGGGCUGUGUGGAUAUCAUGCCUUUAGACGUGGCCCUGGAGAACCUGAACCUACAGGAGAGCUCCACAGGGAAGGAGCCUCCGCCGCCUCCUCUUUGAUGACGCCCCGGCCGCUCAUAGACUGUGUCCUCUUUGCUGUCACUGCCAGUGACGGUUGGGCGAGGCUGGACGAGGCAGGCGAGGCAGGCAGGCAGGCAGCUGUGGCUGUUAUUGUUUGUUUGUUUUUGUUUUCUUUUUCUGGUGAUUGUAAUUUCAGGUCUGUCACCUUUGUUACAUUGUGUACAACAACGACAACAGCAACCAUUAAGGAGAGAGCAACUGGGGGGAAAGUGCAAAAGUUGAGUGCCGUGCGUAAAAAAAAAGAAAAGAAAAAAAGACAAAGCGAGCGAGUGAGAACUGAGCGAGUGAGAGAAGAUGAAAUAUAUAUAAAUAUAUAAAGUUGAUAAUCAAAUUCCACAUAACUAAUUUUUGUUUUUCCUUUAGCCAGGCGAGCGUAGGUUGCUGUGUCUGACCUAAGCUGUGUCUGUUUAUAAAUACUCCACAUUCAAUCCUGAAGAGGAGCCCAGCUCCCCCGAUGAAGCUGCUGUGUGUAUUUCUGACUAUUAACUAAUAAAAAGUGCUUGGAUGGUUACCAUAACUACUGCAUGAGGUUCUUCUCGGCGUGCAUGACUUUUAGCAACGACCUCCCGCGCCGUUGAAAAGAAAAGAAAAAAAAAGAUCCCAAAGCUUUUUUCUCUUCUACCAUUUUUAAAAAGGGUUACUUGAAAACAGAAUUGAGUUAGUUCAUUGAAUAUCACAAAACAAAAAACAAAAAAAAACUGAUAUGGCUGAAAAAUUGAGGAACUUUUUAAAAUAUAACGUUGUUUAUUUAAUUUGAGUUUUUUUUUUUGUAUAGUAAAAAUAACAUUGGAAUCUUGCAGUAGCUUCUAAAGAAAACAAAUGCAAUGUGUUUGUCUCUCAGCUCCUGAACGCCCCUCCCUCUCUGUGACAUCAUCGUCUGAGUACUAUAACUUGUUGCUGCACUUAAGGCCUAACCUCUACGACUACAGAGAGCCCUACACGUCUGUGGUCCCAUAGCAAAGAUGUAGAUCUAGAAACAGGACGACAACAAGAGCUUCUUGCCUUCUUGACAUGUAUCCUAGAUGUUGAUGUUUUAGUCCUAACGAGCUGUGUCUUCACCAGAGGUAGUUUCUUCUUCAUGCACCACAACAGUCUUCAUUCUCUCCUUCUUCUUCCCUCCACUCCUUCCUGUUGUCAUAAACGUCUCUGCUUUUGUACAGGCCCUGCCAGAAACCCCGGCUUAACCAACCCAUUCCAUGUUUCUUUGUUGAGGAAGGGGAGCUUGAGACUGUCCACAUUGCAGGCAUUGUUUUUGUUGUUAUUUUGUUUUUCUAACUUUGAAAGAGAGAUGUUCCGACUUUCUCUCGGAAAGGAUAGCACCUUCUAUUUAUUCAGUUUUUGUUUUCUCUUGAUUCUUUUAAGCCUUGAUGUAAAUCAUGUUGCCACCUCCAUGCCUAUGCUCUUAUCCUCCUUAUGUAAAAUACAAUGAGAUGUAUAUUGAAUUUGUGCGUUAACUUUCAUAAUGGUUCUAGGACAUGGGCAGACUUUGUUUUUUUUUUAAUGUACAUUUAGAAUACUACAAUAAAGAAAACUGCGCACAGCUUUUGAUGAAA